UUGAUCACCUUCAUUGGUGGCUGUCCGAGUGGGUUGGGUGUGGAGGAUGGCCAUACAAUUGCCGAUAAGACGCGACACUAUAAGAUGUGUCAACCGGUGCACAAGUUGCCCGUAUGCAAACAUUUCCGCGAUUACACGUGGACGCUUACCACUUCAGCUGAACUAAAUGUGACUGAACAAACUGUACAUUGUCGUUGCCCAAAGAAUUCGGUGACAUAUCUGACGAAACGAGAGCCGGCUACAUAUGGCGCGAGCGGUUAUACCUACCUCUUUGCUUGUUCACCCAUAACACGCAUACGAUGUCAACGCAAGCAGCCGUGUAAAUUAUUUACGGUACGCAAACGGCAGGAAUUCCUUGACGAAGUCAACAUUAAUGCGCUCUGUCAGUGCCCGAAAGGCCAUCACUGCCCCAGCCAUCACACACAAUCGGGUGUUAUAGCUGGCGAAAGCUUCUUAGAGGAUAAUAUACAGACCUAUUCGGGUUACUGCAUGGCCAACGAUUGAUGGUCUGCAGCUCUGGGCUUGGGACGAAAAAGACGAUAUCAACGAAAUAAAAAAUUUAAAAAACACAAAAGGCACAACAGGCAACAUGGGCAGACGAUGCCGCCGCUGCUGCAACGGGGCAAGUUGAAAGCGCAAAAACAGCUGGCCACAUUCCAACUACAAUUAAGUGUGGAUGUUACA